GCUGCUUCGCGGAGCCUGCUCCCGGAAGCCAAUCAAUUGGAGAGUAAUCAAGGUUUUCCAGGCCUCUGUGUGUCGGUUACCUGUCCGGGCGAGCUCAGCCGCCAGUAGGGGCCCGCGAGAGCAUCCUGUGGACCUCACCUCGAUGUCGCCGGACGCGAGCCCCGGAGGCCCUACCCUCUGCCGCCCCCCCGGCGACCUAGUCUGCGCGGAGACACAGCGCUGUCCCUACCUGCGAUGUGACGGAGGAGAGGAAAGCUGAGUAGCUGAAACCCCCGACUGGAACGGAGGAGUUUCAUUUUCGUUCACUUGGAAGCCAGGGCUUUACAGUAGAAGAGACGGUCAUCUUUUGUACACCCACUCUUAGGAGCAGGUCACACCGGGAACCUUCGUCAAGGACACUGCUUGAAAAGUUACUGAGAAAAGAAAAUAAAAGCAUAAUCCACGUAGCGCAGGAGGAAAAGGGAAGCUUUGUGAAAUAUUAGAAUUCCAGUGGAGUUCUCCCAGUAGAGGAAAAUUCUGAACUGUUCAAUGCUAGAUUAUGGUCAUCCCGAACUACUCUCAGCUGUAAUGCGUACUAGCAGAGAUAAGAGGAUAAAAACCUGAUUUCAACACUAAACUUGCACAAUGUCUUUGAAACCAAGAGUCGUGGAUUUUGAUGAAACCUGGAACAAACUCCUCACGACAAUCAAAGCUGUGGUCAUGCUGGAGUACGUGGAGAGAGCGACAUGGAAUGACCGCUUCUCAGAUAUCUAUGCUUUAUGUGUGGCCUAUCCUGAACCCCUUGGAGAAAGACUUUAUACAGAAACUAAGAUUUUUUUGGAAAAUCACGUACGGCAUUUGCACAAGAGAGUUCUGGAGUCUGAAGAGCAAGUGCUUGUUAUGUAUCAUAGGUAUUGGGAAGAGUAUAGCAAGGGUGCAGACUACAUGGACUGCUUGUACAGGUAUCUCAACACCCAGUUUAUUAAAAAGAAUAAAUUGACAGAAGCUGAUCUUCAGUAUGGUUAUGGUGGUGUAGAUAUGAAUGAACCACUUAUGGAAAUAGGAGAGCUAGCAUUGGAUAUGUGGAGGAAAUUGAUGGUUGAACCACUUCAGACCAUCCUUAUCCGAAUGCUGCUACGGGAAAUCAAAAAUGAUCGUGGUGGAGAAGACCCAAACCAGAAAGUAAUCCAUGGGGUUAUUAACUCCUUUGUUCAUGUUGAACAGUAUAAGAAAAAAUUCCCCUUAAAGUUUUAUCAGGAAAUCUUUGAGUCUCCCUUUCUGACUGAAACAGGAGAGUAUUACAAACAAGAAGCUUCAAAUCUAUUACAAGAAUCAAACUGCUCACAGUAUAUGGAAAAGGUUCUAGGUAGAUUAAAAGAUGAAGAAAUUCGAUGUCGAAAAUACUUACAUCCAAGUUCAUAUACUAAAGUGAUUCAUGAAUGUCAGCAACGAAUGGUAGCAGACCACUUACAGUUCUUACAUGCAGAAUGUCAUAAUAUUAUUCGACAAGAGAAAAAAAAUGACAUGGCAAAUAUGUAUGUCUUACUCCGUGCUGUGUCCACUGGUUUACCUCAUAUGAUUCAGGAGCUGCAAAAUCAUAUCCAUGAUGAGGGCCUUAGAGCAACCAGUAAUCUUACUCAGGAAAAUAUGCCAACACUAUUUGUGGAGUCAGUUUUGGAAGUGCAUGGUAAAUUUGUUCAACUUAUUAACACUGUUUUGAAUGGUGAUCAGCACUUUAUGAGUGCAUUGGAUAAGGCCCUUACAUCUGUUGUAAAUUACAGAGAACCCAAGUCUGUUUGCAAAGCACCUGAACUGCUCGCUAAGUACUGUGACAACUUGCUGAAGAAAUCAGCAAAGGGGAUGACUGAGAAUGAAGUGGAGGACAAGCUCACGAGCUUUAUCACCGUCUUCAAAUACAUCGAUGACAAGGAUGUUUUUCAAAAGUUCUACGCAAGAAUGUUGGCGAAACGUUUAAUUCAUGGGUUAUCCAUGUCUAUGGAUUCUGAAGAAGCCAUGAUCAAUAAAUUAAAGCAAGCCUGUGGUUAUGAAUUUACCAGCAAGCUACAUCGGAUGUAUACAGACAUGAGUGUCAGUGCAGAUCUCAACAAUAAGUUCAACAAUUUUAUCAAAAACCAAGACACAGUAAUAGACUUGGGCAUUAGUUUUCAAAUAUAUGUUCUACAGGCUGGGGCAUGGCCUCUCACUCAGGCUCCUUCAUCUACAUUUGCGAUUCCCCAGGAAUUGGAAAAAAGUGUACAGAUGUUUGAAUUAUUUUACAGCCAGCAUUUCAGUGGAAGGAAACUUACAUGGUUACAUUAUCUUUGUACAGGUGAAGUUAAAAUGAACUAUUUGGGCAAACCAUACGUAGCUAUGGUUACAACAUACCAAAUGGCGGUUCUUCUUGCCUUUAACAACAGUGAAACCGUCAGCUAUAAAGAGCUUCAAGACAGCACUCAGAUGAACGAAAAGGAGCUGACCAAAACAAUCAAAUCGUUACUUGAUGUGAAAAUGAUUAACCAUGAUUCAGAAAAGGAAGACAUUGAUGCAGAGUCUUCAUUUUCAUUAAAUAUGAACUUCAGCAGUAAAAGAACAAAGUUUAAAAUUACUACAUCAAUGCAGAAGGACACACCACAGGAAAUGGAACAGACGAGAAGUGCUGUUGAUGAAGACCGGAAAAUGUAUCUCCAAGCUGCUAUAGUGCGAAUCAUGAAAGCGCGGAAAGUUCUUCGGCAUAAUGCCCUUAUUCAAGAGGUGAUUAGCCAGUCGAGAGCUCGGUUUAACCCUAGCAUCAGCAUGAUUAAGAAGUGCAUCGAGGUCCUGAUAGACAAACAGUACAUCGAGCGCAGCCAGGCCUCCGCAGACGAGUACAGCUACGUGGCCUGAGGCCGCCUCCAGUGUGGUGUGAGGUCAUUGCCGUCGCCGUCCGGUGUGUUCCCGUGGGAGAAGGCAGGCCUGUGCCUCCGUAAUUUGGUCAUUUGGCAGCCCCUGUUCUUCUGCUGUUUACAACAUCACCAGUGCCACGUCAUGAGCGUCAGAGAAAAUGCUUAGAGAUAUUUCAAGCUCAUGUCAUUACGACAUUUCUUAAAACUUUAUUAAAAACGAAUGAGUGAAGUAUUGCUGAAAUGUGGAAAUUUGGUUGGGUACCAUGCUUUUUCUCCCCUUCACGUUUGCAGUUGAUGUGUUUUUUUUUUUUAAUGUAUCUUAAAGGACAUAAGAUAAAAAAACUUAAAUAUUGUAAUAUGACAGAUAACCUAAUAAUUGUAUCUACAUUAAAAUGACAAACAUGAUAUUGCUGCUUGUCAAAUAAAAAAAUAAAGAAAUA